AUGGUUUACAAGUUUCUAAAGGACCAGGGCAGUCAAGAUAUACCCCUGGUCAAAGAAAUGCAUCACUACGGGACAUCCGAGGAUCCGUUCCAAUUCACAGUCAUGUCCCGAGCCAAGGGGGUGCCGUUAUCCAACGUCUGGACAAGUCUCUCCCCCGAAGAGAAGAAGGGUUAUGCCCAGCAGAUUACUGCAGCACUUCGAGAAUUACGCCAGCACACAUCUCCCGUUCCUCAGUUAUUAGAUGGCAGCCCUCUUCCAGACGCUGUCAUAGGACGAUGUCCCUGGCCAAGCCAGUGCAAAUAUGUUGAAAAAGACAAGGAAUGGAUUGAUGGUAUGGCUGAUGAGCUUCGGGCCGGAAUAGCGAAUCUAAUGGAAACCGAGGAUAAAUCCGUUAUUGAAUUGAGGCUACAAGAACUCAGAGACAACUUCCCAGACGGAGCACCAUACGUCCUCACCCAUGCUGACCUUCACUUCGCCAAUAUCAUGGUCCACGACGGCAAGAUUGAAGCCAUCUUCGACUGGGACACUGCCGGCUACUACCCCUGGUGGGUCGAGCGCUUCACAACCUACCAACGUUCAAUUGAUCCCGACCAUUCAGACGAACUGUUUGACCUUGUGUGGGCGGAGCUCGAUCCAGAUUGGAGUAAAGAGCAGUUCGAGAGCAAAAUCAGCACACCGAUUUGGGAAACCACCGACGCAUGGUACCGCUGCGAAACAACACACUCAGAGUCGCAUGACGUUUGGUUCCGCCCGGCUUGGUGCGAGUGUAAGCCUUUUGGAGGCCUGCUCAGAAGGAAAGAAUUCGACUCAGAGCUAAAGCAUGAAAUCGGUCCCGACACCAAGACGUGGCCCUGGAAUAUGAGCGCGUGGCUUUAG